AAUAGUGAUGGGGUGCCUUGAUGUUACUAUACUGGUGAUAGCGGCGUUAGUUUGUAGAGGGGAGGAAUCACAGCCCCUUCCCGCAUACCCCAAAGGAGCUUUUGAGGAACCGGAAGUCUUUGAACCGGAAGACAGGUUCUGUCCAGAAAACGGAAUAGCCACGUUUGUUGACAGUCCUCCAGUAGACUCCCUGAGCUGUGUUCCCGCCCCUGGGCCUGUUCAAUGCUCUCUACAAGAAAUGGUAUCAGGGAGGAAACCUAAGGGAUUCAUCUGUAAAAACAAAGGCUACCUUAGUGGAUGGACAAAGGUUCCACAGGAAGGACCUUUCAACGUUAAAUGCUGUUCUUCUACGGAAUAUUCAUAUUCAGAAAAUAGCUGUGUGACUCACAUAAGAACACCCGAUUUUCCAGGAACUGGCCUUCCCUCUUGGUACUUCCCUGUAGGGGCGAUACAAUUAAGUAAUGGAACUGUUGGGUACUCUGUGAGAUACUGUGUGUUUGUUCGACGUACCCGUUGAAAUAUGGACUCAAAUUUAUGAGGUUCCUCGUAUAUCUAAGCUGUAAUUCUUUCCAGUCAAUCAUGAACAAACUUGUUAAAACUGUAUUUUUACUUUAUAUCUACAUCUUCUAAAAAUCUGAAAUAAAAAAC